AUACCUUUCGGAUCUAGGGUUCCCUAAUUCGCUCCUCCGAUCUUGUUUCUUGAGCGCCGUCGCUGUUGUUUGCGUCUUUUCCGCGUCGGUUUGAUUCGCGACGGCUCCCUAGGAAAACAUAACUGCCGAAUUGUUGGUCCCGAAUUAUCCUAGGGCUUCUGGGUUUUGUUUUCUUGCUGAUGUAGACGUGUUUCGGGUUCGUGGUUCUCGUGUAGAUUUCCCUAUUUGGGUGAUAUUGGAGUUUGUUUGUUUGUAUUUUGUGUGCGUUAGGGUUUCUUGGUAUUGCGUUGGAAGGCCAAGUUGAAACUUUCUGUCAGGUCCUCUCUCGCAAGUAUUGCCUUUCCGUGGAAUAUUAUUUAGUAGAAAGGCUGAUAUCGAGAAUUCAUUCGAGAAUGUUCACUUUGUUUGCGAGGAUGCUACUGUAAUCUUGGACUGAAGUUUUCAAGAUCAUAUGACAUAAACAUUUCAUGCUCUCUGUUGGGAACCUGCAAGGGAAGGUUAUUUUUGAGUUUCGACAAACAUAAUAGUCGCUGGUGUCAUGAGCAUGCUUGCUUACUCUUCAUUUUGAGAGUGGCUUUGGAUUUAACCUUUCUUUAGUUCCAAUUGCCAACUGAGAAGACUUGCACAAAUCAUGACUUCUUCAGUUCAAAGCUUAUCUGAUAACAGUGAACCUGAUGAACAGCAUGAGCAGGAACAAUCUGAGAACCAACAGCAGCCCUAUGGUGCUGCAAGCUUGCAGUCUGGCAUAGCAACACCUUUACUUGGGUACAUGAUGCCCGCUGGUCAGUUCGAAGUGGGACAGACUAUGGCUCCAACACCUUACCCAUAUGUGGAUCCUUACUAUGGUGGUAUUUUUGCAGCUUAUGGUGGACAACAUGUGAUUCAUCCACAACUAAUUGGAGUGAAUCAUUCUGGGGUGCCAUUGCCAACUGAUGCAGUUGAAGAACCUGUUUAUGUUAAUGCAAAACAGUAUCAUGGUAUAUUAAGGCGUCGACAGUCUCGAGCAAAAGCUGAAUCAGAAAAUAAGUUAGCAAAACUUCGUAAGCCCUAUCUGCAUGAAUCUCGUCACUUGCAUGCUUUGAGAAGAGCUAGAGGAUGUGGAGGUAGAUUUCUUAAUUCGAAGUUAGAAGCAAACCAACAGAAUGAGUCCAAAGGAAAUCAAUUGAACGAGAUUGCCGCAAAUGACAAGGCCCAAUCUUCUGACAUUCCAGGUUCCGGUAAGUGUCCCAUUAACCAGGAGAAUACUACUAAGCUCUCUGGCAAUAGAGCAGAAUCGACCAGGGUUCUAGUUUGUGAAAAGACACCACUGGACAUUGAAUCAAAGCCAACGCCCUAAUUUACUUGUUCAGAGACCAGAUUUGCUGAAUGUUGGUAAGGACAGUGUUUCUGUACAGUAUCUUCCAGGAUUACCAGCCAGCGUAGGUGUAGAGUCAAACCGCAAGAGCUUUAAUUAAUCUGAACUGUAGCUUUGGUGAUCGGUGUGCUCUUAGGAGAGUUUGAUGAUGUAAGUUAGGAACGUCAUGGGAUCAUGUAAAGAUUCUACUUCCUCGGGUGUUUUUUGGUAGGUUCUUGAUAAAAGCAAAUGUUUGGUGAGAGAACAUCUGAUAAUUUUGAUUCUCUCUAUGAAUGUUGUUCUUGCAGA